GACGAGGGAAAGCGAGUGCAUUGUGUUACCCUGAAAGUGUUUAAGAUAUUUAACGCAAAUUCUAUUGAUUCUUCGUCUUAAUCAGGGACGUAUUUUACUAACUUAUAAUACGCCAUUGAUCAGAUUACUUAUUUCCGAAACGUUUAUUGUACAAGUUAACUAAUUUUAAAUAUUUCGGCGAGGAUGACGUCGAUUUCUUGACACCAAGAAAUAUCGUAAAAGUGAUUUAUUUUCUCUUUGCUUUUUACUUUAUUACAGUGGGAAUAUGUCGAGAAAACUCUUAGAGACGUUGAGUUUUGUGUAUAAACCUCGAGUGAGUAGUUAUUUAGUAAUAAGGUCAGCGCGGACGUGGAUUGCCAAUAAACAGUCCCACGUGUACAUGAGCAACAGACCUGUUCUGGGAAAGAUCAGUGAUGAAGCAACUGCCAAGGACUUUACUUAUACUCUUUUACCAACCGAACGUCAACUUUUAUACGAGGAACUCAAGAAAACGAUAGAACAGACGGAGAAUACUCAAGGUCCGAUUCCUCCAACAACUGGUCAGCUUUUAACAGCAUUCCAGUGUGGGUUUUGGCCAUUUAUAGGCUUUGGUUUCUUUGACAACUGCAUCAUGAUUUUAGCUGGGGAUCUCAUAGAGUAUGAAUUUGGCCAGUUGUUGCAUAUAUCUACCAUGGCAGCUGCUGCUCUUGGAAAUCUAGUCUCUGAUGUUUGUGGAAUGUGGUUGGCAGUAAGAGUGGAGAGUGUCUGUAGAAGAUUUGGUAUCCACAUGCCAGUUCUCACCAGCUCUCAGCUGGAAAUGAGGAAGACAAAGAUUGUCAUGGCUUCAGGGAGAGUAAUAGGAAUAUCUCUAGGGUGUUUAAUAGGAAUGGCUCCACUUCUCUUCACUUCUUGAUCCACCACCUGCCGACUUUCCAAAUACAAGGUGUUCAGAUAACCAAAAUUUGUUCAUAGAUUGUAGAAACAUAUGGUACAUGUAGCUAGAAUUGUAUGUUAAGUUUAGAGUAUUAUUCAAGUCUAAUAGACAAUAUGACAUAUUAAAAUGAAAGAAAUGUUCUCAGAUAAGAUUAACAUCAGAAAAUCUAAAUCAUUGCUAGACAGUAUCCAUAAUAGGGUUGUCUCUAAGACCUGGGGGGGUGGAUUUCUCUGCCUUUAAUGACAUCUGAUAUUCCCCCCUAACUACCUGUCAGGGAAGGAACCCUAAUCCCCUGUCUACCUUAUUAAUGCCCCUUGCUAUUUCAAUUCAUAGAGACAACUCUGAGACACAGAAAGAUAGAUAUAAUUCAAUAACAUUCUUGAAUUUUCUUACUUAUUUUUAUGCAAAUUAUUUUCUGUAUAUACUCACCUAUAAGUCAGUCUGCCUUUAAGUCAGUUGUAUUUUUAAAGGAUAUUUUGGAGGAAUUUGCCAUUCGCUUGCUUAUAAAUCUGUACAACCUUUUGCCAGAAUUGGUUGACAAUAU